CUUUUUUACGACUUCAAUCAAAAAUCAAAAUUCUAGCCUCCUAGGGUAGGGCUUUGUUUGUAAAGUGUAGAAGAAAUUUAAUAUACUGUUAGUUAAAUGAUAGAACAGAAAAUGUUUAGAAGUUUAAUAUGUUUUUAAUAUAUCGUCUUUAAAAUUCUACGGAAUAAUACUAGAUAAAUAACUAGUGACCUUGAGCGUAAGCAAUACAGCUGUCAAAUAACCUAACCAAGAUUUUUGUAAACGAAAAAUGAAUACAAGUUUCUUUUGUGAACAUUUAUUAUAUUUAACGUAGUUAAAGAUAAUUUGUCGCAAUGGAUGAAGCGGUUACGCACUAUAUAAAUUCCCACCCAGCUGAUGAGGCUGUGCAUGUCGAUGGCAAUGCCUUGGCCCUGGCAUUGGUGCAGGAUGAUGGUGGCAACAGGGUGUCUAUUAUGCAUUCACAAUCCUACUCCUCUUCACUCUGCAGUAGACAGGUUACCCUGGCUGACCAAGUGGCAGAUGGGCAAUGGAGUGAAGAGCUGGUGGAUCCAGAUGGUAGAAUUGGAAGGCUGGCUGCCCUCAUGGCACAUUUCCAGGCACAGCAGUCCAAAGGACCACCAGGACAACUGCAACAUAAGGUGCAGACAAUGAGAGGUGAUGUGGACACAUCUAUUAUGCUUGAUAAUUCCAUGAGGCUAUUCCAUGGUCAACCUAUGGAUCAUUCUCCAGACUCAAUUGUAGUGGAAGUUCCUCAUUUGCCUCCGUUGCCUCCUCUGCAGCAGAUGAAGAGGUGUCAGGAUAGUGAUUGGUUCAAUAAUAAGGCGAAAUCAUCACUAAAAGACGACUCAUCCAUGAUAGAUUCAGAUGGGCCAGUGUUAGAGUUAGGCGCGGGCGCAUCCCCUGGACAUCACAAGCACCAGAGCAAGAAAAGUCUUCCACACAAAAAGAGAAUUUCUAGAAAACUGAAGAAGAAUAAUGGCAACUGUACACCCCAGCAGGAUUUGGUGGUGAUCAGUUGUGCAGACCACAGCCAAGAGCAAGAGAUCCUGCCUGAUACCUUCGUACCGCAAGACCAUAUACCGGAGGAAACUCACCAUAUUACACAUGAGGUCCGGCCGAUAUUUAUCUGCCAGUUAUGUGGGGAGUUCUAUGGUGACGAGCAGCUGAAGUUCUACCAGCAUUUGAAGCAGCACUACGAACCUCACAUCAUCAUUGAGAACCCAGUACCUGAUCUUGGAAUUGAUAAGAUAACAACCUCAUGCAUAGUAGACAAUGUAACAACAAUCCCCGAUUCAAUAGUAGAACUAUCUCUAGAGAAUUCCAUACCAAAAACUAUGUACCAGCCUAUGGAUAAGCAAGUUCUAUACACGACAAGCGAUAAGACGUACACGUAUAGCAACAAUAAGGUGCAAUAUUCUAUGGCAAAUAUGGAAAAAGACCAGCCGAGCGUGGUACAGGAAGUAGAGAAGGCGGAUUUGUAUGAGACGUUGGAUAAACUAGAUCUGUAUACUUGUGGGAAGUGUAACAAGUCGUUUAGAAAGCAGAAACAGUGUGAGGCACACAUUAAGGAGGCGCAUUCCAACAUGAAGUUGGAGGACAUGGGUGAGUUCAGUGAGCCGGAGGACCUGAUGGAAGGUAUCCACGUGGCGGUGGAGGAGCCCCCCGAGCACUACGACCACCCGUUACUGCCGCACCUCACCAUUGAGAACGGGUACGCGCAUCAGGACAAUGCGAGGCACUGGUAUGGCCGUAAUACAAAUGUAACGAGUCCAAGUUCGGCCCCCCCGGCUACGAGCCAGCCUAGCAGUGCUCCGGAAACCGUCCCUACGACAGGCUCGCCCUGCUGCACUACUUGUACUACUGCGCCACAAGACACACAGAAUGUUAAGAUGAUAAAAGAUGAGAUACUGCGGCGGAUAUUAGAAUCAGAAAUAGCAAGUCCAAACUUCCCGAACCAUAUGUUGGGCGGGGCGGCCGAGGCUGGGGACACGAGUGACGCGGCGGAGGCCGACCAGUCGGCGGGGACGGGGGCGCCGGCGCCCUCCCCGCCCGUGGAAAAGCCGCCCGACACUAAGAAGAAACAGAAGAUUUUCGAGUGCGAGCAGUGCCAUCGAGUGUUCCAGCAUAGAAAUAGUUUGUUGUACCAUGUACUCUCUCACAGCGGGAAGCAACAUGUCUGCCGCGAGUGUGGGAAGGGAUUCUACACGGUGGGAGCGCUUAAGAUCCACAAGCGAGUCCACAACGGCGACCGGCCCUACAAGUGUGACAUUUGUGGCCGCGACUUCCGACAGUGGAGUGAUCUCAAGUACCACAAGGUCUCCAUACAUUCUGACCAGAAAUCGUUUAAAUGUGAGUUCUGUGGUAAAGACUUUGCUCGCAAGUACUCGCUGAACGUGCACCGGCGCAUCCACACGGGCGAGCGGAACUACCCGUGCGAGUACUGCAACAAGACCUUCCGAGCCUCCUCGUACCGUCUCAGCCACAUGCGGACCCACACCGGGGACCGGCCGCACCAGUGCCCCACCUGCGGGAAGGCCUUCCGCGUCCGCGGGGACCUGCGCCGACAUCUCACCACCCACGACCGCCGGCCCCCGGACAAGCCGCGCCCCGCCAAGCAGGAAGACCCCGCCGAUGACGACAUCAAACUUGAAGUCUCCAAAACCAUCAGAAAAAUCGCCGUCGCUUCCACCGCCAAAUCCUCUAACAUUCUCAAGACCACCGACAAGAAACCGAAACCUAUUAAAAAGAAUCAGAGCACCAAGAAAGGCGCGCCCAACGUGACUAUAGACCAGCUGGACGACAGCUACACCAACAACGUGGACGUGUGCGACACGAGGCAGGAGCCCCAGUACGGCAAGUACGGCGCCGCGCCCGCCGGGUACAAGCACGAGCUGGCGGGGACACGGUUCAAGGAGGAACACGAGAACGAGCGGGAGUUCGCGAUCCUCCGGCCGAUGUUCCGGGGCGGAGUGCUGUGCGAGCCUCCCGCGGAGCCCGGCGCCGCCCUCCGCGCGGAGAACACGGACGGCAAGAUGCACGUGUACACGCACGUCGAGAAGGGCGGCGCGCAGCUUCCCAUCUCCGACCUGCGGCCGCUGGACCGCGACGUGCGCCCCGACCUGCACGGCGAGAGCGCCGAGAACGAGUUCAUCGAGCGACUCACGGCGCUCUACAACAUACCGGCGGUAUGAGUCACUGUGAUACUUAUUGCUAGUUACGAAUUCGACUUUAGCAUUACCACGCCGCUGAGUGCAGGCGCUACUUUGCUCGUUUUUUAUUCGAUUAAAGCAAAACCGGAUACGACCUCGUAUCAUAAGACUAAUAAUAUUUCUAAGACUGCUAUGAAAUACGAUUUUUCAUAUCCCUUGUUGCUAAAUAUUUAUUGAAGACGCUUAAUUUUUGUUUGUUAAUAUAAGAGGGACCGAGCUGAAGCCUCGGUGUAUCUUCCUGAGCUGUGUAGCGCCUAGAAGCGAUUAGUGGCAUACAAAUAACUUAGGACCAAAUUAUGUCAAAUGAGAAAAGUGAAUUAAUUAUUAUAAAUACAUAUUAGAAUAGAUUUGUACUGCUUUGUUAGUAUUUAUUAGUAUUUUAUAUCGGCACGGGUCUUACACGAGACAAUGUUAUGAACUCAAUAAAAAUAUAUAAAUCGUCCUGUCAGAGAUGCUAUCACAGCAAAAGUUUAUUAUUCUAGUUGAAUGAAUUGGAAAGAUUUUAGACUACAACUUCUGGAUAUUGUUACCGUUGAAACAUAGCGAAUAUUGCGCUUUGUGAGAUAUCAACCACACGCUUGUCUUCACGUUUGUAAAACGAGCGUAUUGUCACGUUACUGAAAUAAGCUAUAGAUGAGUGUUACGUUAUACAGCAAACGUUUGUGUGAUAGUAUAACAGCAAUAAAAUAAUUAUACAUAAUUUUUUGAUUGUGUAAGCGAUGAUUUUAUCGAAAUUAAGCGUUUAUGUAUUUAGAAGUCUUAAAUGAGCUCGAACAGAGAUCUCAAUUUUUCUACUUUUAUAAAUGAGAUGUACACAUUUAAUGAAAUAAUUGUCGUCUUGCGCGAAAGUUUUUUUAGUAUUUGCGCAAAAUGACAUUUGCGCAAACAAAAUAAAUGUUACAUAAUCUUUCGAUUUGAAUUAUCGCUAACACUAAUCAAUAGACGAGGCCUUGUAAUUAACCGAAAUAUGUAUUAGUAAUUAGUCAAAAACGUUGUGUUGUUUAUAUAUUUAGACUUGUUCUAAUUUAAUGAUCAAAUACAUAAUAUGAAGAAUAUAUAAUUAUAAAAAACAGAAUAAAGGUGACCUCUAACAUGUACUGUAAAUAAUGUGAAAUAAAAAUGUCUAGCAAUGUGCUGAAAUAAAAGACUGAAAUCUUACUUUAUUGUAAAAUAUAAUAUAACUUAGGCGUAAUGUUUUACUUAAUUCUAGUUAACGCAUAAUUUACCAUGGAAUAAUAAAAUGUAUAGGGAAUUAUGGUAACAGUUGUGAUGAACGUUUUGUUGAGGAACUGUGAAAGGUCUGGAUUUAGGCGACCAAGACAGGUACCAGCUACAUUAGGGCUAAUCAAGUAAUGUUGAAAAGUUAAGUAAAUAUAUUGCUCACUAGCUACUCUCGCGCGGUUUCACCCGCUGCU